AUGAGCUGGUACAACAUAGUCUAUGGCCUGAAGCUCUGGAUGAAGAAAUGCGCCGUGGAGACAUCCCCAAGCCAGCAGUUCCUCCCUCAUUCUGAGAAGGCGGUUCGCUGGCAGUGGGACAUUUUAGUGGCCAAGACCGAUGUGUUAUCUGUAGGAGCCCUGGAGACAAGAGCCUCUGCCCUCGUUCUGCAGGUGGUGAAGGUGUUUAUUGUCCUGACCCCACAGUUUCUGUCCCGUGACAAGGACCAGCUGACCAAGGUGCUGCAGCAGCAUGUAAAGUCAGUGACAGUCUCAUGCAAGUCCCCAAGGAAGGCGAGUGAGGGCAGAUGGAAGGGGUCUGGUGCCCCUGAACAGCUCCCAGUGGAGUUUGUCCCGGAGCUGCUGAAAACCGUCACUGGAAAGAUUAAACAAAGUGAACUUCAGAAAAGGAGCUUGAUGUCUUUUCUCAAGUCUGUCUUAAAGUCACGAAAUGUCAAUGACAGAUCCAUGGAUUGACAGGGGAAAGCCUGGAGGUCCAACAGCCGUAGCCAGGAAGGUAUGCUAUCUCCGUACUUUUCCACGUCAUGGAGAUCUACGGAAGCUAAAGUGCAAGCUGAAGUCCAAGAGGUGACGAUGAAGGUCAACAGUCAUUGUGAAAUCUUUGGGCAAAGAAAGACUGUCGAGGAAGAGUAAGAUGUUCACCGACACAAAUACUGUUGUAUGAACCAUGUGCCAACCAAAGUAGACAACUGCAAUGGCCUUGAGAAUAUUUUCCACAAUAUUUGUGGCAAAUUCAGUGGGUGCAAAAUUGAGCUUGUCCUUCCUGCUUGAUUAAUCUUCAUGUUUCCUUUCCCUUCCUACAUACUUGAUUGUAAUGUUUCAGUGGGAGGAGGUGGUCCAAGUACUGGCAUUGUUAAAUUCAAUGCUUGCGUCACCUCUGGAUUCAUUUUCACAGCCUUUUGGCUUUUGGUCAUAUGACAUUGCAUUUUUUCUGCCACAUGACUAGUCUUUUUUGCUGAAUGUCAGUCACUGGUUAAAAAAUAUUUAGCAAUGACUUGAGGCCUACUAGCAUGUUAUCUCGCUGCAGAAAAGAUGGGCGUCUAUUUCUGGGGGAUGGUCAGGGGUCCUAGCACACCUACACACCCUCUAUACUGGCAGUAAUUGAGGUUAUCAGUGCAGGUUCAGUCCUUGCAAAGGUCAGGGUAUUUCCUGUCCACCUCUUUUCCUGGCAUGUGACUCUUCGGGUCCCAUCCAGAACCAGUGGACUUCAGUAGGGCUCACCUUCACUGACAGACCCUCAAUCUGCUUUUUUUCAAUCCUCCACAUGGUGCAAAAGCUGCUUUGCUUCUUUGCAUCUCAGUUAGUCCCUUCUGGAAUUCAGUGAUGAAACUCAGAGAAAUGAGCCCCAAAUGUGAGGUUGACUUUCGUCCUGGGUUUCCUUCUUCUCUAUUUGGCCUCACGUCUCUUUACUGCCAUGUUAGCAAUUUGAUGCUUUCAGUCAUGGGUUUUAGAUUCUGCUCCACGUCCCCAUUGUUCUCAUGGGAGAUCAGAAGCUUCACAUGCACUCAUGUCUACUCCAGAGCAGAAUGCUUCCUUAGCUUCCCUCCAGACUCAGGUAUUGUGUUUCCAGUUCCCAAGUGCACAGCAGGAGUAGUGAUGUCCUCACUGGCUUCUCAUUUGCAUUAAACUGUGAGCUCCUUUAGGGUGGGGACGGAACCCUGCUCCCAUUGCAUCCUCUGCACCUCA